CCUUGCGGAGCUGACGACACGUUGGGGCGAAAAACAUGGCGGACGUUGAGGAAAGCGUGAACCCAAACACAGAUGAAACACUCGAAGGUUCGAGUAGCGAUGAAAACGGUGACUUAAAUAGUGGCGAAAAUGAUGAGGCAGUGAAGACCUUCAAGGAUCUGGGUGUCACCGAGGUUCUCUGUGAGGCUUGUGAUCAGCUGGGAUGGAAAAGUCCAACAAAGAUUCAGAUAGAAGCUGUACCUGUAGCCCUGCAAGGGAGGGAUGUUAUUGGCUUGGCAGAGACAGGUUCAGGAAAGACGGGCGCCUUUGCUCUGCCCAUCCUCCAGUCACUGCUGGACUCCCCCCAGAGGCUUCAUACCCUCGUCCUCACCCCUACCAGGGAGCUGGCAUUUCAGAUCUCUGAGCAGUUUGAGGCCCUGGGCUCCAGCAUUGGUGUUAAAUGUGCUGUCAUAGUUGGAGGAAUCGAUAUGAUGUCCCAGUCCUUGGUGUUGGCUAAAAAACCACACAUUGUUAUUGCUACACCGGGUCGGUUGAUAGACCACAUGGAGAACACAAAGGGCUUCUCCCUACGAGCUCUGAAGUUCCUGGUCAUGGACGAGGCAGACAGAAUCCUCAACAUGGACUUUGAGACUGAGGUGGAUAAAAUCUUGAAGGUGAUUCCCCGGGAGAGACGCACCUUCUUGUUCUCUGCCACCAUGACCAAAAAGGUUCAGAAAUUACAGAGAGCAGCUCUGAAAGAUCCUGUGAAGUGUGCGGUAUCCACUAAAUACUCUACAGUAGACAAACUGCAGCAGUACUAUGUCUUCAUACCAUCGAAGUACAAGGACUGUUACCUGGUUUCCAUCCUGAACGAGCUGGCCGGCAACUCAUUUAUAAUUUUCUGCAGCACGUGCAACAGUGCCCAGCGAGUGGCGCUGUUGUUAAGGAACCUUGGCAUCACUGCUAUCCCUCUUCAUGGCCAGAUGAGCCAGAACAAACGUCUAGGAGCCCUGAACAAGUUCAAGUCCAAGUCUCGAUCGGUGCUGCUGGCGACUGAUGUGGCAUCCAGAGGACUGGACAUUCCUCACGUGGACUGCGUAAUCAACUACGACAUCCCCACUCACUCCAAGGACUACAUCCAUAGAGUCGGACGAACAGCUAGAGCAGGACGGUCCGGGAAAUCCAUCACUUUUGUCACUCAAUAUGAUGUGGAGCUUUUCCAGCGAAUUGAAACCCUGAUUGGGAAGAAACUUCCUGCCUUCCCUACGCAAGAAGAUGAAGUGAUGAUGCUGGUGGAGAGAGUGAGCGAGGCCCAGAGAUUUGCCAGGCUGGAAAUGAAGGAGCAAGGUGAGAAAAGGAAAAGGCCCAGAGGAGGAGACGGAGACGAGGAUGACACAGAACAAGCAAGCGGAGUGAGGAAGAAGGUGAAAGGGGGAUCAGGAGGAGGACAAGGAGGAGGACGUGGUGGAGGAGGGAUGAAGAAGAGGGGUGGAGCAGCCUGGAGGGGAGGACGCUGAAGCCUCCAACAUUAACAGACUGCACAUAGCAACAUACAUGCCUUUCUUGUUUUUGAUGUAAAACUAGAUGCACCAACAGCAUGUUUUCCAGCAUUUAGUACGGACUAUUUAAUGAAAGAAAACAUGCCUUUCCUGCCCCUCUGUCAGACUGUUCCAUUUGUAAUAAAAUGCCUCUGUAAAAACCCAAA